AUGGCAUCAAGACAAAGACAAGAAGAAGAAGAAGUUGAUAUUGAAAAUGAACAACAACAAGAAGAGGAAGAAGAAGAAGAGGAGGAAGAGUCAUAUUUAUCAAUUAAUAAAUUAGAAGGUAAUGGUAUUAAUGCAGCAGAUUUAAAGAAACUUCAAGAACAAGGUUUAAAUACAGUACAAGCAGUUGCUUUUACAACAAAGAAAACAUUAACAGGUAUCAAAGGUAUCUCUGAGCAAAAAGCUGAUAAACUUUUAGCAGAAGCAAAGAAAUUAGUUUUUAUGGGCUUUCGUACUGCAACCGAUAUUAAUAAAGCAAGAGCUGAAAUUAUUCAAAUUACAACUGGUUCAAAAGAAUUUGAUUCUUUAUUAGAUGGUGGUAUUGAAUCUGGUUCAAUUACUGAAAUUUUUGGUGAAUUUAGAACUGGCAAAACUCAAAUUUGUCAUACAUUAUGUGUAACAUGUCAACUUGGUUAUAGUCAAGGUGGUGGUGAAGGUCGUGCUUUAUAUAUUGAUACAGAAGGAACAUUCCGUCCAGAGAGAUUGUUAGCAAUUGCAGAGAGAUAUAAUUUAAAUGGUGAACAUGUUUUGGAUAAUGUUUCAUAUGCUCGUGCAUACAAUAGUGAUCAUCAAUUAGAGUUAUUAGUUCAAGCAUCUGCAAUGAUGAGUGAAUCACGUUAUGCUUUAUUGAUUGUUGAUUCCGCAACCGCAUUAUAUAGAACAGAUUACGCCGGUAGAGGUGAGUUGGCAGAUAGACAAAAACAUUUAGCACGUUUCCUACGUACUCUUCAAAGAUUAGCCGAUGAGUUUGGUGUUGCCGUCGUUAUUACAAAUCAAGUCGUUGCAUCUGUUGAUGGUGCUGGUGGUAUGUUUAAUCCCGAUCCAAAGAAGCCAAUUGGUGGUCAUAUUAUGGCCCACUCUUCAACAACUCGUUUAUCUUUACGUAAAGGUAAAGGUGAAAUGAGAAUUUGUAAAAUUUAUGAUUCUCCAUCACUUCCUGAAAGUGAAAAGCCUUUUGGUAUUUACAGUGAUGGUAUCUCCGAUUAUAAAGAACAAUAA